CUUGGUUUUUGCAUUAUGCAGACUUUAAUUUGCUUUAAUAGUAAAGUUCCAUGUUAUCUACUUCAAAUCAAAGGUAGGUGCCUCUUAAAUUCUCUCUUUCUUUCUUUACCGCCUGGAUGAAAAUUUGCAGGCAUCUUUGUAUAUGCAACCAAUCCAAAUGUUAAGCCUGUGGGACAAGAGCAGAACUCGAUACUAUUAAUGGAAUGGCAUGCAAACCAUGUGUUAGACAAUGUUUGCUGAAGUGCUAAUGUGUUUGCCUCUUCUGCUUAGGAAAAAUCACCAAUACUGUCUUCUCUCAAAGGAUUCCUGGGCUCUACCCACACUGAACUUGCAUAUUAAUUUGUGGAUUAGCUGCAAUGGAUCGCUACAGGUACUUCAUCUUCAACCAAAAGAGUAUGGUUGUACUGGGGCUCCUCCAAAUAACUUGUGCUACAAUUUGUACAGUUUCUGGACUGAUGGAUGGUGCUUUCAGAAGAGAAUCAGCACUGAGUAAAUCGAGGAUACCCAUCUGGGCUGGAGUGAUUAUGGGUGUUCCUGGAGUGAUGGCCUUAUUUUCUUCUCAAAAGAAGAAUCCAAUUCUGGUGAAUGCACUGAUCAUUGCCUCUGUAUUUUCCUGUUUCACCACUCUAAUUGUAAUCGUCUAUGCUUCUCUAACAUUGGAGUACGGUGAAAAAUACAAGAGUUUCAGUGAUGUGCCCUUUCAUCAUCCAGUCCUAGUUUUUGUGCUUGAUAAAUUCAUAGAAGGAACCAACAUCACAAUUUUGAUUGCAUCGAUUGUGAGUGUUUUUAUUGUGCUGGUUAUUGCUUACGUGAGUUGUCGAAGUCUACCUUGCUGUUCAUGCUACGACAGUGAAACUGGACUUGAACAGCUACAGUUUAAUGAUGACCAGCUACAAACUGCAGAAUUAGUUUGCAUAUCAGAUGGGCAAACAGAUACAAUUUUUAACUCACCAGUAAGACUUGCAGAUCUCAAUGAGGAAACAGACGAUGAAAUAACCAAACCUCCUCCAUACAUCAGACUUAUUUAAAAAAAACCACCACCAAAAAAUAGCCCAGGAUACUAUAAAAUUUCAGGCUAUAAUUGAAAAUAUAUACACUUCUUGAAGAGCUCUCUGAAAAAAUACUGAAUGAUGAGAAGAUCCAGUAAGUUUCAAGGCAGGCAACCUAUUUUCUGUAUCAGCAAUAUACCUCAUUCCACCUCAUGUUUUAACAGCCCCACAAUGUUAUGUAAGAACCAUGAUCUAUAGCAGAUUUAUAAUAGUCUAUAAUAGACCUCACUUGAUCUGUAUGAAGAGGCAGAUGUCGAUCUGUGGCUCCCUUUGCUGUACAAGGAAUUGUGCACAGACCAGAUGUAGAGAGUUCAUUACGACAAUUGAUUUUGCAACAGCACAGAAAGCUACUGGAAAGGGGAAAGAGUACUGUGAAUAUCAGCCCAUACACUUCAUCCCUCAUCCUGUGUCAUGUUGAUUUGCAUGCAUGUGCCUUUCUUAUAUAACAUUAUUAGCACAUGAUUUCGAGAGAUACAGACAUAUGAUUCUCAUGUGUUAUAAAAAAGGGAACUAGAAAGGCAUGCCUUUCUUCUUUUCAAAUGACUUGCAUCCCAAUUUUCAAUAUAAAAAUAAAGGUUAUUUGUUUUAA